AUGAGUUUCUCAGGUCGUCGACUCUCGCUCCUGAGCCCCUCCCAGAACCGCCGCUUCUCUGCCAGCAAAGAGCUUUCUCAGAACGAGAAGUCCUCCAAAACCCACCGUCAAUUCCGAGAUGCACACGAAGGCCACCGUCCUCACGCCGGCCUAGACGCAACCCGCGCCUCGACCGGCGUCGUUUGGACCACCGAACGAGCUUCUGAACACGGGUUCCUUGAAGACCCUUCCUCAUGGGCGAAUCUAGGUCAGGGUGCUCCUGAAGUGGAUGACAAUAUUGCUGGAAGCUUUCCCCGUCCCACCUCGAUCCCUAUAACUUCCGCAGUCCGUGAAUAUGGGCCAACGGCUGGCAUCAAGCCGCUUCGUGCAGCUGUUGCGAGGUUGUAUAACGAGCAUUACCGACAGGGAAAACAAGGCUAUACCUGGGAGAAUGUCUGUAUCGUUCCUGGUGGGAGGGCAGGGUUGAUUCGGAUUGCGGCAAUAUUGGGCAAUUCCUAUCUGUCGUUCCCCAUCCCAGAUUAUUCGGCGUACUCGGAGAUGUUGUCACUGUUCAAGAAUUUUGCUGCGGUUCCAAUGCCCUUAUCCGAAGCGGACGGGUACCAUAUACACCCUGAUAAGAUUGCGGAGGAGAUUGCUCGAGGUACUUCAGUCCUGUUGACGUCCAACCCCCGGAACCCAACAGGUCAUGUUGUCAAUAAUCCUGAGCUGGCUAAGAUCCAAGAUAUCUGUCGCGGAAGGGCAACCCUGAUCUUGGAUGAGUUCUACGCCGGGUAUAAUUAUAGUAAUGGCUGCGAUGGCUCAACUACUAGUGCAGCAAUGAACAUCGAAGAUGUUGACACCGAUGACGUCCUUAUCAUCGACGGUCUGACCAAGAGGUUCCGCCUCCCUGGCUGGCGAAUCGCCUGGAUCCUAGGGCCCAAGGAAUUCAUCGAAGCCCUUUCCUCCGCCGGUUCCUAUUUGGACGGCGGUGCCAAUGUCCCCUUCCAAGAGGCCGCAAUUCCAAUGCUGGAACCGUCUCUUGUCCGUGCAGAAAUGAAAGCGCUGCAGGUCCAUUUCCGCGACAAGCGGGACUACGUGCUAGGGCGCCUGAAGGACAUUGGGUUCCAGAUUAAGGAUAUACCAGAUGCUACAUUCUAUAUCUGGCUUGAUCUCACUGCGCUGGAUCCUCCUCUGCCGGCUUCAGCAAACAUCUCGGAUGGUCUGAAUUUCUUCAACGCCCUGUUGACUGAGAAGGUGAUUGUUGUUCCUGGCAUAUUCUUCGACCUGAACCCGGCGAAAAGACGGGAUUUGUUUGACAGCCCCUGCCAUCACUUUGUCCGGCUCAGUUAUGGGCCACAUAUGGACGUUUUGAAGCGAGGGUUGGAUGGUAUUGAGAGGGUCAUUCGCCGCACGAGGGGGGAGACCGUUGUCACAAAUUUGGAGGACGAAAGUGCUGUUCAAGAUUAA